AAAUGUCACAAAGAGGACCACGAUUCGUGGUUAAAAAUUUGACAGCUGCUUGUUGACAACUCAUUUAUUAGUGCUUAAAACAUAUUUCUUAUUAGAUUGGCCGUUAAUUAAACUAAAAUGGAAACUUCUGACAGUGAAUAUUUCGAGAGCGCCGAUGAGGAUUUUCAGUCUGAUGAGGAGAAUACGGAAAUAAUUAAAAGUGAUGAAAAAAUUAUAAAAGUUGAGAAAAAUCCAAGAAUUGUUGAUGUAGAAGAAAAAGUGGGUAAUCUGCAGAUCGUUAAGGAUCAAAAUAUGAAUAAAGAUAAUGACAAUGAAGUAGAAUGCAGUUUGGAAAAUAUUAAAAAUGAUAUAAUUGUCAAUUUAGAAUUUAAGACAAAAGAAAAUGUUAAAGAAAGUACUACUAAAAAAGAGGAAAACAUUGUUGAAAAUUUGUAUGUGGAAGGUUCUAAGAUUGCCAAGGAUCAAAAUAUGAAUAAAGAUAACAUCAGUAAAGAAGAAAACACCCUGGACAAUAUUAAAAAAGAUAAUAAUGUGGCAAACACAGAAAAAAUCGUUAAAAAGCCAGAAGUGGAAGCUUUUAAGGAUAGUUUGAAUGAUUUAAAAGAAGAAAUAAUUGUUAAGAAACCAGUUAAAGAAUCUAAAAUAGGCAACAAAAAGAUUAUGAAGUCUAAACCUAUUAUAUGUGAAGAAGUUACAAAAAAAAUGGAAGAAAAAGCUAAAAUUGCUAAACCAGAAGUAAAAAAAAGUAUAGAUGAAAAUCUUUGGGACGAUGAUGAAAUAGACUGGGCUAAAGAGGAAGAAAUAUCAAAAAAUACUCCUGUAUUAACAAAACAUGCUCCAAACACUGAUAAACUUGAACCAGAUUUCUCAAAUCUUUGGAAAAAUGAUGACUGGGUGUCCCUUGAAGCACCUAGCAAAGAACCAUCAAAAAUCACCCCACAAAAUGAUUUAGGCUGGGGCAGUUGGGGUACAUGGGGGGUAUCUUCUAUACUUAACACUGCAACUGCAAGUGUUUCUAGUCUAACAACGCAUGUUUCUCAAGGUAUUAGUACUGUUUUGGAAACUGGCAUUGGAGUUCCUGAUCCGGAGGAAUUGGCUAGGCAACACAGAGAAGAUGAGGAAGAAAUUGUUAAUAAUGUUAGGAAUAUUGAGGAUUUGAAGGAUGUCAGGGAGAUAAAUGCUUUGGGGGGAUUUGGUUUGGGGAAUUGGGUUUCUGGAGUUAGUCAUCUUACUAAAUUGGUUGAAAGUACAGGUACAAAAGUCAUAUCAGGCGGUCUGGACACCUUAGAAACCAUAGGCAAAAAAACAAUGGAGGUUCUGCAAGAUGGCGACCCGGGUUUAAAGAAAAAACGUGCUUUCUUAAAAUUGGACCAAAACAAACCUAUAUUAUCGCAGGUUUUACGCGAGGCCAAGGAGAAAUCGAACGACGAUAACAAAAAACUCGAUAUAAGAAAUUCGGUGAGGAUGAAAAAUUACGAGACGUUGUUCGAUGAUCACCAAGGUUUAGUGCAUUUGGAGGCUUUGGAGAUGUUAUCAAAACAAUGUGACAUAAAGUUGGAGACUCUAAGUCAGAAUUUAACAGGUGGUGAAUUGACAGAUAUGCAAGAAACUUUAGAACAAGUAAAAGAACUCUGCGAACUUCCUGAAGAGGAUGACGAUGAACAAUUAACAAUCCCAGAGGUAAAAGAAAAAAUUAAUACGGCCGUUUCGGAAAUAAACAUACCAAUAACAUACGAUAAACUAGAAAAGACGUGGGAAGAAACGGAAUCGUGGUUGGAAACAUUAAAAUUGAACCUUAUUGAUGAAAAAGAACUUCAUCAACAAGCUAUAGAAACUCUGGCACAAUUAACUGCCUUUUCCGUGGAACAAUUUCACAAAACUGCAGAACUAUUGCUGGUCAAAGAAAAUAGAAGUACUGCUGAUGAGGCUGACAGCUUAGUACAGUUGACUGCAUCUCUUAUAGCAUUAAUAGGUAUUGUAGCUGCAAAAUUUUCUGAUAAAUUGAACAGUAAAGCUCCCAUGGUAAAUAAUAAGGAGUCUGUAAAUGAGUUAAUAACUAAUGUUUUCUUUGAGGCGUCAAAUUCUAGUUCUUACAUCCAAGAUGCCUUCCAACUAUUAAUUCCAGUUCUACAAGUGGGGGCAGUGUAAAAACAAUAAAAAAUAAUUUUAAAUACCAAACAUUGUAAUUAUGUUUUUAUAUUUUAUAUUUAUCAAAUCGUUAUUUAAUUAAACAUAGUCUAUAAUAAUAAUAAUCCUUAAAAAUGUAUUUUAUUUCAUAAAAAGUAAAAAUCAAAUCAUUGGGCCCCCCUUUUGUUACCGCUUGGAGGUUUUUGCAGUUGAAAGCUUGAAUUAAAGCCAAAACUACUUUGAUUGGUAACACUGCCAAAAAGCGAGGUGUUGGACGGUUGAGUCCCUCCAAUAGGU